AUGUCUAUACCUCCAAUACAGCUACGAGAUACGAUAGAAAAAACUGCUGGAUAUGUUUUGAAAAAUGGCAGCAGCUUUGAAGAAAGACUAAUAAAGAAUGACAAGGACGGGAAGUUCUCGUUUCUUAAACCUGGAAAUGAGUAUCAUGAGUACUACAAGGCUCAGCUCAGCAAGACAGAAGCUCCAGCCAAAGAAGCCGAAGAGGAAAAAGUGGAAACUCAACCACUAGCCAAACCGAGAGAUCUUCAAUUUCUUACUGAGCUUCCACCUAUUCUGGCUUUCGACCUUGAAGUUGUGAAACUCACUGCAUUGUAUGUUGCCUGCAACUCACAGAGACACAUCGAUAGUCUAUAUCGCUAUAUGGAGCAGAGAGGCAACCGAAGUCAAUUUGCAUUUUUAAGGCGCUCGCAUUCGCUUCACGCUUUGUUCACGAGAUUAUUGAAACAGUAUCAGACAGUCAUCAACGUAGUGGAGAAUCCUGACAAAAACACCCAGUCCAAGGAGCUUCAUGAGAAGAUUAUGCUGGAAAACAACAAUUUGUUUCAAAACGCUUACGAUCGUGCUGUCUAUGAGCAGCAGCAUAAGAUCGAGAGGAAAACAGAGGAGACAGAGAAGAAGAACAAACAGCUCCACUAUGCAUCUAUCGAUUGGCAGAAUUUCACCCUCGUGGCUAAGGUCAAUUUCGAUGCUGUUGAUGAGGUAAGCGAGCUUCCAAUACCCUUAUCUCGAGACGAUAUCGUCUAUAGGUCUUUGCAAGCGAAGUCCAAGGAAAUCGAGAUACCUACUGCUAAACCAGAGGCACCUCAGCAACCAGAACCAGAAGCAAAACAAGAACCUGAACCCGAGGCAAAGCAACAGCCCAAAGUGCCUAAAGGUAUGAAGAUCAAGGCGGCAGGCGAAUCGAGACUCAAACGUAAAAACAAAGAGUUCACGCCACGCUCGCAGCGGACCAUCAAGUGUCCAAUUACAGGAAAACAGAUACCAGAGCAGGACUUUGACACACAUUUACGAGUACUUCUUCGAGACCCUCGUUACGAGGAACAGAAGAGCAAUUUCAUGAAGAAGAACUUCACGUACGAGUCCAACUUGACGACCGACCAGGUUUAUGAAAACAUCAAGCGGUUGGUCAAGAAACGGAACUUGUCUGAAGAGGAGGAGGAAGAGCUGCAAAGGAAGCGGAUAGACGUCAAAUAG